AUGGUUAGACUGUUCCCUGGGGCUAAGUCUGGGCUAGUUCAUUGACGUGACUAUGUUUGUUCUGAUCUUCAGAUCUUCAAGUAGCCAUUGUUUUGGCAGUCUGAAUCCUUGCUUAUAGCGCUGCAGCCUGCUUAUCUAAUAGUCUAACAGGGGCUCCUGUAGGCAGAGCCCAGGUGUCUCCCCUAAACAGCUGUUGCUUGUGGUGAGGUGGUGGUUCUGUGCUCCGUUCAGGCCAGAGCGAGCCACUUCCCAGGGCGUGCGUUUGUCUACCUCCUAAAUGCUGUUUGUCGGGCACAGCGAGGGCGUAUUAAGUGGAAGCUGUCAGAGCGUUUUGCUGCCAGCUUAGUCUCUCCUAGUCUCCUGUGGCUUUAGCAAAUAUUGUAGUAUGAAAUGCAAAUGGCACCAUAUUCACUUUAUAGUGCACCACCUUUGACCAGAGCCCUAUGGUAGUGCACUAUAGGGAAUAGGGUGCCAUUUGAGAUUCUGCCACUGAGGAGAGGGUGAGAGACAUUAUGGUGCAUGUGUGGUAUUGUGCUCUUUGUUGCUUUCAACGUCAUCAUGUUGGAAUUUCGAUAACUGACAUGGUUUGAUAUAGAAAUGUUGAAUAACUGGUAUUGAGAUCAUGAAAUGCAGCAUGUUUGACAACAGUUUCUGAAUCGACAUAACAGAAAGAAAAGGCACAUUAGCGACAUAACAGAAAGAAAAGGCACAUUCGAAAAUGUUAAAUAGCAUCAAAUUAAAUUGUAUUAUAAGUCUUCUAAAUGCCAUGCUCACAAUGUACUGGCAUCUUUAUGCUCUGAUGAAACAUUGCUCAAUUUUAUUAAAGGGCAUCCAAAGGCAAUGGCUUUGAAUCGUGAAUACAGUUCAGGUGAAUAGACUGCAUUAUAUUUUCAUUCAAAAAAAUUAAGUUUAUAUGACAUUACAUCAAAGGACUGUACUGUGUCAACGAUCACACUGUGAUACAUUUCACUUCAUAUCCUCAUAUUUCCACAUUACAUUAUAAGGGAAUAGUCUCAAUAAUGGAUGCUACUCACCCCCUACUACCCCAAUCUCUCUCUUUCUGUCUCUUUCUCUAUCUCCAUCUCCUCUACUCUCUCGCCAUCCAUUGACUCUGUUUAUUCUCCUAACAAAGCCGUCACCUGCAUUCUAAAUGACAGAAUCCGGUACGAUCCGUAAGGUCUUCCUUAUUGAUCUAAAAAAGUGACAAGGUUAAAGACUUCUUGCACUUGAAGGCAAUGGAAUGGAUGCCUGGAGUAAUAAGCACUUGAAUCCCCCCUCCUUGCUCCCCCCCCCUUCCCUCUCCCGUCUGCUGUGUACCCUGGAGUGCCUCAGACAGACCCUGUCUGAUUGUAAAGGAUAUUAGGCUUAUUAAGGGUGUCUGGGCAACGGAAUGACUCAUACUAACUGCCUUCCCUGUACAGUAGGGGAAGACAGGGCGUAAUGAUUCGCCGGCCAAUCCGUCAUGCCUAAGCAGUGAUAAAAGCUUCCAAGCUGAUGGUCAAGGCUCUGGAUGAAUGAAUCUGUCUUAACUCUGUAGACUUGAGCCCGGCCUUGCUGAAGGAAAUACUCUAGAUCCAGCUUCCAGCGGAACAUUACACUUAACCCUGAGACUAGAACAUUCAGGCUGACACGCCAGCUGGAUCUGGCAAACACAAGACAGAAAGAGAAGAAGUUGGGUUGGGUGAUUAUUUUCACAUGGGUGAUUGUUUUUCACAUGUGAACUUGCAAUUCCACAUGUGAAAGUUUUUAACAUGUGAAACCGCACAUUUCACAUGUGAAACUGCAAUUCACAUAUGCGAGGUGAUUUUUUAAAAUUCUCCUCACAUGUGAAAAGAUGGUGUUAACAUGUGAACUCUAAAUAUAAUACAUAUGGUUAUAAAUAUGGUUUCCCAUGUGAAAUUUAAGCUCAAUGUGAAAACAGCUAUUUUGACAUGUUUUUUUUUGUAAGGGUGCAGUGUGAAUUAGAAUGGAAAGUGUGAUCGAGACCUGCCAUCUUGGAUCUGAUUCUCUCACUGAGCCGUCCUAAAUAUAUCUCUGGAUGUCUGCCACUCAAUAAUAUAGCUUGGCCUGCGCUCAUCACGACUGAUAACGAAUAUGGCAGAGAUCUCUUAAUGAAGCAAAGAUCUCCAGUCCAAAACCAUUUGACAGCUUAGCGUCCAUCCGUGUGUCUGCCAGAGACUGUUCCUCUCUGCCUCGGGUGCCAGUGGUCUGUCUCUGUCACACCCAGAGCCAGUCAAGUGGAAUGGUGGUGGCUCAGUAGGAUGAGGCUGCAACAGAGCUAAUCUCAUGGUGAGAACCAACAUGGCUCCUCUCGUCUGAUUCAGUCUCAGUUCUUCUUGGACCAUUAUAACAAAGAAGGUCCAAUUUGGCAGGAAAUGAAUUCAAUUUCCCCAAUUUAAAGGUUCCCCAGAGACAAUUUGGUCGUACCUCCUAGUUUUCGUCAUAUAGGGCCUCUAAUCAGCACACUCCUCCUCAUUGAGAGUUAUAAAUGGUGGUGCCUGGUGUAUGUGGCAUAGACACAUAGGCAGAGUCCUCAGGUCUCAAAACUAAUUGGCCAGAGACACCUGGGCGCGCUGACAAUUACAGUAGGUGUCUUCAGUGCUACCAUUAGGAUAAUAGAAACUCCCUCAACCUGACAGCGGAAUCAAACAGCAGGAACACAGACGGCUCCCUAACAAAGGAACGUGAUUUAUUCAAACUAAUUAAGGGAGACCAAUUGCAGAAAUCCAAUUUUAGUGAAAAUAGUCAAACUUCCACAGAGGAAUACACCAUUAUGCUAUAUCCAAAAACUCAUAAUGCCUAAGACAGACCAUGUGUGUUUCUGAGCCAUGGGCGAGGCUACUGUAGCAUCUAGGCUAUUACCAUCAAUAUGUACAUUGUCCAAAGCCUGGACUAUGUGCUUCAUAAAACCUAUUACUGACAAUAGACCCAGUCGGUAUUAGAUAGAACGUCGCAACCCUUCCCACUUGUGGGGAAAACAACCUGCGGUUACCUAGGUUACCCCAUUGGCUCACAGCAAAAUGUGACCUUUUUGAAACACAAUUUUCUUGUUGUCUGCUUGUUUUAGUCAGUUACAAAACAACAUUUAAGAAAAGUACAGUAUGUCUAAAGAUUACUUUUCAACAUUGCCUGCUCCCUAGCUUUCUCACUACUUAGAAAAACGUAAUAUUGUAGGGCUUCCCUCAUGCCCCUUUUCAUGACGAUGCUAGCAGCCACUUGAGUGACUGAGUGCUAGCUAGUUACCGACCGGAACAUUAAGCUAGCCAAGACCAACAACACAAACAAACGGACUAUACAGCUACAAGUAGUGAGUGGAGUUACAAACGGACUGUACUAAACAAGUUUAAUGUCUUACCUGUGAUUAAAUGUUUUCCACACAUAGCUAUGUGUAACCUACUUGGACACCGCAUCCCCACAUUUCUCACUCUCCCACACCAAAUAGCCUGAAGCCACAGGGCUCUUCUCGCAGGCUCCAUUUCCCUAUGUGGGAGCAUUGUGAACCGUAGGUCGGGAUUUUUGACCUGGCUACAUGUACAUUGAACAACACAGCAGCUUUUCGGCAUGUUUUGUUAUUUCUGUAUAACAAAAAACAUAUGAAGAAGUUGCCUGUUUUACAAUGGGGGACAAUGGGAAAUAAUUUUUGUUUUCCCCAAUUUGUGGGUCGAGUAGAAUUCCUUAUUAUUACGUGAAUACCGACUGGGACUAUAGGUCGUUUUCAGUCAAACGUCACAAUAAGGUGUAGCGCGUUCUAUUUGCCUGCUGGGGGGCAAGGAGACCCACAGCUCCGCUAAAACAAUUGACAAAUGCUGUUUUCAAGGGAUUGUUAAAUAAAUUGUAACUAUUUAGUUGCAAUAUCAUCACCUCUUGAAGAGCAUAGUCAGACCUACACAUUUUCGAUUAUUCCAUUCAAAACAAUUGUGCACAUUUCACUCUAUCAUCAGAGUUAUACAGCAAGUAACUGCAUUCUUUUCAUGAUCAGUAAACAUCAAUUGAUCAUGUAAUUUCAGAUAAGUAGGGUAACCUCACGAUAUCGCUGUCACGGAUUCUGCCGAGACUGCUCCUCCUCCUGGUUCGGGCAGGCUUCGGCGUUCGCCGUCCCCGGAGUACUAGCUGCCACCGCUCUAUGUUUCGUUAUUUGAUUGCUUUUGUCUGUCUGUUACACCUGUGUCCAUUUGUGUGUUGAUUACGUGUCUUAUAAGUUCCGUGUUUUUGCACUAGACUGAUUGUGUGUUGUUAUUGCUGCCACUUUGUCAGAGCUACGUGUUUGCACUCUGUUUUGUUUCGUGUUUAGUGUUUACGCGUGUGCGUAAUUUUCCCUCGGCUCUUGGUGUUAUUCGAGGUCGGGUUUUUUCCUCAUAAUCAUUAGACUAUUAAAGUCUGUUGGACUUAACCUCUGUGUCCUGCGCCUGACUCCUCCACCACAUCCACAUCGGUUCAAGUGACAGAACAACACACCACCAUGGAGUCAGCAGGAACGGCGGCGGCACCCGAAUCCCUGGAAGACCGGAUCAACUACCAGGACACCAUGAUCCGGCAACUCGGGGCCGCCAUGGACGAGGUGUCCAACACUCUGCGCCGAUUGGUGAAUCGAGAGGUGCCCACGCACUCUUACAACAUCCUAUCACCAACGGCCAGUCCUCCUCUCUCAGCACCGGAACCCAGUGGCAUUCGGCUCUCGCUCCCGAGGGCAUAUGACGGUUCUGCAGCCGGGUGUCAGGGAUUCCUCCUGCAGGUGGAACUUUACCUUGCCACCAUACACCCGGCGCCCUCGGGAUACGAGAGCGUCUCCGCCCUCAUCUCCUGUCUCUCCGGCAAGGCGUUGGAGUGGGCCAACGCCGAAUGGAGGGGAAUAGACGCCGCAACCAUCACCUACGCGGAGUUCUCCCGCCGCUUCAGGGCUGUCUUCGAUCAUCCACCUGAGGGGAAAGCGGCGGGAGAGCGUCUAUUCCACCUCCGACAGGGGAAGAGGAGCGCACAGGAGUUCGCACUGGAGUUCCGGACACUAGCGGCGGAUGCGGGGUGGAAUGAGAGGGCCCUCAUCGACCACUACCGGUGUAGCCUACGAGAGGACGUUCGUCGUGAGCUGGCCUGCAGGGACACCAACCUGUCGUUCGACCAGUUGGUGGACAUUUCCAUCCGUCUAGACACACUGCUGGCUACCCGCGGACGUCCCGAGUGGGGGUCGUCCAUUCCACCCUCCAGCACCUCCGAGCCGAUUCCCAUGGAGCUCGGGGGUGCUGGCGCUAGAGAGAGGAGGAGAGGGAACCCGAGGGGGGCCAUCCCCUGCACCACCUGUGGUCGUGGAGGACACACCGCGGCCAGGUGCUGGGGAGGGUCUCCUGGGAGAGGUGACAACAGGCCACGCACUGGGGAGUCAUUUCAGGUGAGUAGGCGCCCCACUUACCCAGAGCUUUCUGUUGGUCACAUGAGUAUUCCUGUGAGAUUUCCACAGGUGGCACCUCAUUCCCAGCAUAAGGCGCUAGUAGAUUCAGGCGCAGCUGGGAACUUUAUUGAUCGGGCAUUUUGCUGUAGGUUAGGAAUUCCCCUUCGGCCGGUAGAAGCUCCAUUUCCUGUCCACGCAUUAGACAGCCGGCCGUUGGGGUCGGGCCUGAUCAGGGAGGUCACAGCACCACUGACGAUGACGACGCAGGGGGGUCAUGAGGAGAACAUUCAGUUUUAUCUGAUUGACUCUCCUGCGUACCCCGUGGUGUUGGGCCUUCCCUGGUUAAGCACCCAUGAUCCUACCAUAGCGUGGCAACAGAGGGCUCUUAUGGAGUGGUCUGCCCAGUGUGUAGGGAGAUGUCUAGGUGUUUCCGUAGGGGCGACCUCGGUAGAGAGUCCGAACCAAGUGCCCGCACUGCGCAUUCCCCCUGAGUAUGAGGAUUUAGCACUCGUGUUCAGCAAAUCGAGGGCAACACGGCCACCUCCUCAUAGACAGGGGGACUGUGCGAUAAAUCUCCAAACAGGAGCGGCUCUUCCACGGAGUCGUGUGUAUCCCCUGUCUCAAGAGGAAACAGCGGCUAUGGAGACUUACAUAGCCGAGUCCUUGGCACAGGGAUACAUACGGUCCUCCACUUCCCCGGUCUCCUCGAGUUUCUUCUUUGUGAAGAAGAAGGACAAGGGAGGGGGUCCCGGUGUACAGGGUCCGGACCAUCUUGGACUCGAGGCGCCGGAUGAGUGGUCUCCAGUAUCUCGUGGAGUGGGAGGGGUACGGUCCGGAGGAACGGUGCUGGGUGCCCAGGAGGGACAUACUCGAUCCAUCCCUCCUGACUGAGUUCCACCGUGGGCAUCCCACGCGCCCGGGUCCGCGUCCUCCUGGCCGUCCCCGAGGCCGGGGUCGGCGCACGGCUGGAGCCGCGCGUCAAGGGGGGGGUACUGUCACGGAUUCUGCCGAGACUGCUCCUCCUCCUGGUUCGGGCAGGCUUCGGCGUUCGCCGUCCCCGGAGUACUAGCUGCCACCGCUCUAUGUUUCGUUAUUUUAUUGCUUUUGUCUGUCUGUUACACCUGUGUCCAUUUGUGUGUUGAUUACGUGUCUUAUAAGUUCCGUGUUUUUGCACUAGACUGAUUGUGUGUUGUUAUUGCUGCCACUUUGUCAGAGCUACGUGUUUGCACUCUGUUUUGUUUCGUGUUUACGCGUGUGCGUAAUUUUCCCUCGCCUCUUGGUGUUAUUCGAGGUCGGGUUUUUUCCUCAUAAUCAUUAGACUAUUAAAGUCUGUUGGACUUAACCUCUGUGUCCUGCGCCUGACUCCUCCACCACAUCCACAUCGGUUCAAGUGACAAUCGCUCAAUAUUGGCCAACAUUAAUUGGAUAUUUGAGAGAUAUAAAAUGAAAGUGAACUAAACCUGACAAGUAUGAGUGGUUUAGGUUAAUUUCCCAUUUUUUGUGGGCUCUGCCUGUCAAGCAGCAGAAGGGCGCAUUUGCCGUGGUACUGUUAGCUGAUAAUGUUUACUUUGCAAGCUACCGGUAGAAAGUUAGUUGGCUAAACAUAGUGGUAGGUAGACCUAAGGUACUUUUUUCUCCAACCAAUGUAGGCCUACCUAGUGCAGUUAGCUAACAUGAUCCCCUUUUCAACAUUGUUUUUAAGUGUGUUUAAUUACGAUUGCUGCUGACAGACCUUAUAUAGGCUACAUUGAUUGAUGGACCACAUCAAAUUGGCUAGAUAGCUAAUAACAGAUCAUGUCAAUAUAGCUAGUUAACAAGCGAACUUUCAGGGGAUAAACUAGAUGACUAUAUCAAAAUAUUGUUUGAUUUGCUUUCUAUCUAUAGUGGUGAUGACAGUAGUCUGACUGACAACUUUACCAGGACGAGGACUUGCCGAUGUCAAGCUCUUUCCAGAAGCCUAAUCUCUGAUUAAGUAAGCUAAAUGAUGUUGUUCGCUUAGCUAGCUACAUGCCAAAUGGAUAGGCUACCUUAACGUAUUUGAAAUUACAUGAUCAAUUGAUGUUUACUGAUCAUGAAAAGCAUGCAGUUACUUGCUGUAUAACUCUGAUGAGUUAAAUGUGGAAGAAUCUGUAAUUUGAAGUUCUGACUAUACUCAAAAGGUGAUGAUAUUAAACAAUUUAUUUAACAACCCCUUUGUCAUGGAAUCAGCCGAGGCUGCCCCUCCUCCUUGCUCGGGCAGGCUUCGGUGUUCGUCGUCCCCGGAGUACUAGCUGCCACCGAUCUAUGUUUCGGUGUUUGUCUAGUUUGUCCUGAUUGUUUUCACCUGUUUCCCAUUAUGUUACAUUGUAUUCCCUUUAUAACCCCCUGUCUCUCAUUGGUUAUUGUGUGUGAUUGUUUUCCGUGAGGUCGGCAGUGUUCGGGUGUAUGCGUAUUUUGUUCCUCCCUGUUUGGAGGUUUUGUUUGUAUUUUUAUUACUGUGCUAGUAAGGUUUGUCUGCCAGUAGCUCGGUGUCCUGUGCUUGACUUCGCUCACAGCAUACACGUCGCCCUGACACCCUUGAAAACAUCACGUAGUCGUCAAUUGUUUUAGCGGAGCUGGGAGUCUCUUUGUCCCACCAGCAGACAAAUCGAACGUAUUGUGACCUUUUAUUGAAAACAACCUAUAUCCGAAGCCUGUGGGAAUUACUGUUUUGUUGUUUUCAGACUAUGUUGAAAUACAACAUUGAGCACCUAUUCAGAGAGAGAGGGUGUGUCCCAAAUGGCACCUUGUUCCCUAUAUAGUACACUACCCUGUCAAAGGUAGUGCACUACAGAGGGAAUAGGGUGCUAUUUGGGAUACAGAAGAGUGUUCUAUCUGCGCAGGUAACAAGUAAUUAAGGGUCACCAUGGCGAUCCAAGGACAUGCCUGGCUUCUUUCCUUCCUUCCUCACAGGAACUGCCUGGCUAACCUUCACCGUAACGAAGCUUCCCACUUCCUUGACUCAGCAGAUUUCCCCCAGUUGAUCUGUUUCUCCUGGGAUUUAAAUGAGGGAGAAUUCAUUUCCAUCAGGGCUGUUUACCUCUUCUCACAGUCACAGACCCUAGCUUCUCACUCUAGUGUAUUUCAAUGCACUACUGCACACUAGGGAUAUAGUCCCCAUUGUGCCCAGCCCUGAUAAAAUAUAUUAUCCAAGAUGAGGAAAAAAAUUAUAAAUGCAUUAUAAUUGGAUUCCAAAUGUGUUUAUUGAACGGAUAAAAUGACCGAAUUUCUAUCCUCUAUCUCUGGCUUUAUUCACUGUGGCUAAGCCGUUCUCUGUUUUUAACCUCUCUCUCUCUCUCUCUCUCUCUCUCUCCCGCUCUCUCUUUCUCUCUCUCGUGCUAUGGGAGGUAUGAUGAGCAUGAUCGCUUGCUCGCCCGCUCUUGUAAUGGACGCUGGGGGUGUCUCAGCUCUUUUAGUGAAUGACUACCUUUGGGAUGUACUCAUUUGUACCAUCUCAUGGAAUCCCUCUCAUCAUGACACUGACACCACCAGUGCAGUGCAGCACCCUCUGAGUGGAUACUACACUGAGUGGGCGGAUGUAAGUGAUGAGGUAAAACCAUACCCCUCUCUCAAGCAUCUCUUUUAGUCUAGCUCUCACUGUUGGCAACAUACUCUCUGUUCAAAUGAGAGGGGUGGCCACACCUGCAGAAAUAGAUAUCCUAACAAUUUAGUUAAACACAAUAAUAUGUGUUUAGCUACUCUGCUAUUUAUAUUUAAGCACAUAAUGUUGAACUCUUUGCCCACUGCCACCAUUAGAUGUUACUAGGACAAAGUAGUCUUCCACACAUGCUAUCCUACAGUAUUACAAGGUAGGCUGUCAGACAGGUACUAUGCCUUUUUAUAGAAUAGAGUGGGGGACUACUUUGUACUAGAUUUGUUAUCUCUCCGCUCUCCAGUCAGUGAGUAGCUCCAUUACUGCAUAUUAGGGCGUCCUCCUCUGCCUGUCCUCUGUGUGGACCUGCCACGUUGACCCCUAGCAGUGUGUGGCCCUGCUCAGGCCGUGAUCUCUUCUGGUCUCCUCUGGUCUCUCCUUUCACAUUCAUCUGUAGAGAACAAUGGAUUGCUCCCUGCAUAUUCUUUACACUGUCACAGCCUCUCACACAUCAUAAGGGGGCAGUGGUUGGGAAUGGGAAUACUACUCAUCCUCCCUCCUCAGACCCAUUUGAAUGAAUGAUUGAUCAAGAUCUGCAUUGGAGGAGUGUGAGUUGCGGUAUCUAAAUGCCACACGGGACACGAGGCACAUUGCAAUAUUGAUGCUUUCAUCUGUACAGUAUUUGCACAGAAAAAAUAGGAACGCUUCUGAUGAGCUCUCAUGCCAUGCAUGAUGUGAAUGCAAUGCAUUGUCGUGACGUGACUUACUUUAAUGUAUGACUGUUAUUUAUCGAAUCACCUAACUAUGUUUAAUUGUCACUCGAUUAAAUUAAUCAUGUAACAAUUAACUCAUUAGGAAUUUGGGGCACCACAGAAGAAGUUGUUUAAUGAGUUACCAUCUCCUGAAUUAAACUCUUAGAAUAUAUAUAUAGGUUAUAUAUCGAUAACAGUCACUUAUCAAAUAAUUACCUCUUAUCAGUCUCAUUCUGAACGUCGCAUAAUCCUUGAACCUGCAAGAACCCUAACCUUAUUGAUGAAUCAGCAAUACACAGAUUGGCUUAAUUAUUUAUUUACUAACUAACUAAAUAAUAACACAAUACAAACACACAUAGGUUAUUGAUUACUAACGUAAUAAAAUGAAACAGGUCCCUAGUGGACUGGACUAACAUUAGCAUGAAUGCUUGGGUAGUGGAGGGGUCAGAAUGGAAGGGAGAGACAGAGAUUCAAACUAUCGUAGUUACUUUGGAAACUGCACUCACAGUAAUCAUAAUACUUAUGCACCCUAAUAAUCGCUCAUUCGGAUUAGAAAUGCAACAUGUAUUUACUGUCCUCGAUAGUUGAGUUGAUGAUGUAGGACUCUGGUUUUCCCACCAGAGAUCUCAAUGUCCUUGGUAGAGUUUCUGGUCGUAGUGGUGGUUAGAAUGGAUACUUCAGAUGUACCAGAGGUUGUCUGAGAGGGAUUGUCCUCUCCUCUCGUGUCUUUAGUGAAAGUUGUCUAGACGACUAUACAUGCCAGCUGCAGACUGAAAUGAUAAGGUCUAGUGCAUUGUCUUCUUCUUCACCCCCUGUAGAGGUUGAGAGUUUCAGAGUUUCUCCAUUUCAAACGUGUGGACUAACGUCUCACGUUUUCUGGUCUUGUAGAAAUUCAACCAUUUGCAACGUUUAGCUCAUGCUUCACGUCUGCUGGACUUGUAGAGUGUCAACCAUUUUAAGCCGUGGGGCUUACUGGUCUGGUAGAAAUUCAACCAUUUGCAACGUUUGGCUCACGCGUCACGUCUGCUGGUCUGUAGAGUUUCAACCAUUUUAAGCCAUGGGGCUUACUGGUCUGGUAGAAAUUCAACCAUUUGCAACGUUUAGCUCACGCUUCACGUCUGCUGGUCUUCCUUUGGUAAUGGAGUUGUAGUUUUAAAUCAUUUUGCAACGUUUAGCUCACGCUUCACAUCUGCUGGUCUGAGGUGAAUUUCAUCACGAGGCUUUUUAUGCACUCGGGGUAAAAGGGUGUUCCAUCAUGUUUGUGCUCAUCUGGGCGUGGCCACUGACUGAGAACAAAUCAAUAUGGAAAACAAUCAUCUCAUGUAGAAUGCUAAAAUCACAUUGUUAUCUUCACAAAAGUAUUAUUAUACUUAAUCAUUCGUUUUAUACAAUAAUUAGAUGCAAAUCUCAUAACUGGGAAGUGUAGCCCCCCAGAGGUACAGUUACGUUGUUCCACUGUCUUUAAUGACAUCACAACAUAGUAACGAAUUUGACAUGAUUGUUCUUUAAGUCCCCACCAACCAUUUCCCACAUUCUUUUAAGUAAGAAUAUUGUUUCAUUAUCCACUUUUGGAUGUUGGAGUCUUGGCAUGAAGACUUCCUUUGUUAACAAAGGGGUCCUUUCUCCCAAUACUUCAUGGCAAGGAAGAGAAAGUCUGCACGGUAUUUUACGACCGGUCAUAAAACUGGCCCCCAGGAGAGGGGGUGUUCAAACCUUUGCCUAGCCGGCAUGUUUGAUCCUAACCCAUGAGGGCAAGUCAUGACAGCAUUCCCUCACAUGCAUGUUGUGGGAGAGAGGGUUUGUACUGGGAAAGUGUUGUUCAAUGUUCCUUCACUGUACUGUAUAUUCAGUGAGGGGAAGGGAGGGAGUUGUAGAGAAAGAGCAGGCUCUUUGGAGUAGAGGAGUGCAGGAGCAGGGCUCCAUUGGGGCUCCCUUGCAAAAGAGUCUCAAUGGUGACUCCCUGUUAAAAUAGAAGUCAAAUAGCUAGGCCUACAGGCCAGGGAUGAUGAAACAGGAGAGUGUUCUGCUGCCCUGCUGCCGCGCUGCAUAACCUCCUCCGGUUGUUUAAGCCAUUGCUUACAGUUCUAUCUUUAACUGCUCUAACACUGAACUCAACCUUACUCUUCCUGUCCUCAGUUUACAGUGCUGCUCUCAGCACUAACAUUCCAAUAUCCACACACACACGCAUGCAUACACACACACACACACACACACACACACACACACACACACACACACACACACACACACCAGCUCUACACUUUGCUACUAUAAUAAUAGCUUAUCUACAGUAUGUAUAUUUUCUUAAUUACCACCAACAUAAUUAUAUGAGAGAGGGUUGAUAUUAACGAUCUCAUCAUGGGAAUGUAACUGGGCCUUCGAUUGUCUCUCAAUAUCCAGCACAUCUCCAUAAAAGCAGUGUGAUUAACGGUGAUUAACUGAUAGAAUAUAGACAGUGACCUGCAGCUGCAGCACCAGUUAAUCACACCAUCAAUUACGCUCUCUUUUAUAGUUAAUUAUCCAGACAGAUUGGAUUGAUUGUGUAGUAGUAAAUCAAUAUGAGAAACUGUUUUGAGCUAAAGUUCAAUUAGCUAUUUAAAGAUAGACUUUAACCUGCCGUUUGCACACAGAGGGUAGAAAGAUUGUGGAAUAAAGAACGUUAGAUGCAACAGAUCUUGGAUGAAAGUGGGUUGUUAUAGCUUCUAUUUCUGUCGAGUCAUGUCUCAGUAAAGCCUAGUAGUUUUAGAGCUUGUAGACUGAGAUGUAGGCCUGCAGGUAUGUCACAGUAACCAACAUGAAGUUCAAAAAUGUGUGGGAAACUAUUGAGGCAAACACAGGAGUGAGAUGGGAGGUACUGGUUAUUAUCAGCCAUCCUUUCAGACAAGCAGAGUGUCUCUGUGAGAGGCCACUCAAGCCCAAAACACUGUCCCUCUCCUCUCUUCCUCCCCUGCCCUGUGCCGGUGCGGUUCUGUGUGUGUGUAUAGUUCAAUAAAGAGGGCGUGAUGAAUGAGUACUCGCGGCCGAUGCAGAGCCCCUAUUAACAUAUGGCAUUUGUUUUCUCUGGCAAUUCGUCACCGCAGUGUAAACAGAGAGAGCCUCACAAUAUGAAUCCUCACACACUCUGCGGAGGAGAAAUCUAUGGGAUGAUAUAGCAGCUGCUACUUGGCCAAAGGGCCGGUGAAUGACCAUUUAGCCUGGUGAUAACAGUGGCGGCUGAGCUCUGAUGCAGCUAGCGUCGGGCUUGCCAUCGCUGUGAUACUCUCACAUUGAUUAAGGGACGGAGGAGCAGCAGAGCUCAAUACCCCUCUCAAGCUCCCAUUUCCAGUGAAUCCAUAGUUAUUAUGAUUUUUGUUUGUGUGCUCCAGAUCAGAGAUAAUCUCCCAUCGAUCCCAGUGUGGUUAUCUGACAUUAUAGUCCAUAUAUGAGUAGGUUGACAUUUAUUGGGAUGAAUCUUGUCCAGGAGGCAGAGCCGAGCGAUUUCCACUAGAUGGGCCAGUGGCAAAGUCAAAAUUGUCUAUCUAUGCAUGAAAACAAAAAUGUGCUUUUUGGUUUUAAUUUAAAGUUAGGAUUAGGCAUAAGGUUAGCAGUGUGGUUAGUGUUACAAUUAGGGUUAGGUUUAAAAUCAGAUUUUGUGGCUGUGCUAGUUAGUGACUACCCUGCAAAGCUGCCUCCAGUACAUGAGUCAUCCCAAUACAUUUACAUUUUUAGUCAUAAAAUAAAUGCCAACCUGCUCCAAAUGACGGCCCCGGUUUAGCGACUACAUCAACAUAUCGGCCCAUGAAAAUGAUUAAGGCUGCUGGCUGGUAGUCCAACCGGCCGCAGGAUGGCACUAUUAUUUAUUUUACGUCGUUUGUCAUCUUACGUCCUACUUUAAUGUAUUCAGCCGGUAAUACACUCGUGUCCCCCAUGGACCGGCUCAUACAUAAAACAUUCUCAAUUCUGGCUGCAAAGGUGUCAGUUUCCUCCUUAACUCGAUUUGAUGGCGGUGGGGGGGGGAAACUGGGAAGAUAUGCAUACUGUCUUACUUAAACAAUUUUCCACCACCAUUUUUGGAUGUUGCAUACCACGUGAGUCUGUUUAACCCUGGCUGAAGGCAUACCGCAACAUUAGCCACCCUAUCAUGGUGGUGGAGAAUUGUGUUUUAUUAAGACAGUACGCAUAUUUUCUUGUUUUCUUACCACUGACGAGCUAUUAAAUAGAGUUUAGGAGGAAACUGACUUUGCAGCCUGAAUGGAGGAUGUUUUAUGUACGAGCCGGUCCAUGGGGGACACAAGUGUAUUACUGACUGGGCUGACUGCGUCAACACCUAGAGGUAAUACGACAUCAGGAAUAACUACACCCUCUAGGAGUCUCUGCGCUAGCUGGCUUGCUGAAGAAGCACUCUCUGCACAUCAAAUCAAAUCAAAUUGUAUUAGUCACAUACACAUAUUUAGCAGAUGUUAUUGCGGGUGUAGCGAAAUGCUUGUGUUCCUAGCGCCAACAGUGCAGUAGUAUCUAACAAUUCACAAAAAUACACACAAAUCUAAAAGUAAAAGAAUGGAAUUAAAGAAAUAUAUAAAUAUUAGGACGAAUAAUGUCGGAGUGGCAUUGACCAAAAUACAGUAGAAUAGAAUACAGUAUAUACAUAUGAGAUGAGUAAAGCAGUAUGUAAACAUUAUUAAAGUGACUAGUGUUCCAUUAUUAAAGUGGCCAGUGAUUCCGUGUCUAUGUAUAUAGGGCAGCAGCCUCUAAGGUGCAGGGUUGAGUAACCGGGUGGUAGCCGGCUAGGGAUGGCUAUUUAACAGUCUGAUGGCCUUGAGAUAGAAGCUGUUUUUCAGUCUCUCGGUCCCAGCUUUGAUGCACCUGUACUGACCUCACCUUCUGGAUGAUAGCGGGGUGAACAGGGUGUGGCUCGGGUGGUUGCUGUCCUUGAUGAUCUUUUUGGCCUUCCUGUGACAUCGGGUGCUGUAUGUGUCCUGGAGGGCAGGCAGUGUGCCCCCAGUGAUGCAUUGGGCAGACCGCACCACCCUCUGCCGUACCAGGCGGUGAUACAGCCCGACAGGAUGCUCUCAAUUGUGCAUCUGUAAAAGUUUGUGAGGGUCUUAGGGGCCAAGCUGAAUUUCUUCAGCCUCCUGAGGUUGAAGAGGCGCUGUUGCUUCUUCUUCACCACACUUUCUGUGGGGCCCUCACCUCCUCCCUGUAGGCUGUCUCGUCAUUGUUGGUAAUCAGGCCUACUACUGUUGUGUCGUCUGCAAACUUGAUGAUUGAGUUGGAGGCAUGCGUGGCCAUGCAGUCAUGGGUGAACAGGGAGUACAGGAGAGGGCUGAGCACGCACCCUUGUGGGUGGACGUGUUGUUUCCUAACUUCACCACCUGGGGGCAGCCCAUCAGGAAGUCCAGGAACCAGUUGCACAGGGUGGGGUUCAGACCCAGGGCCCCGAGCUUAAUAAUAAUAAUAUGCCAUUUAGCAGACGCUUUUAUCCAAAGCGACUUACAGUCAUGCGUGCAUCAUUUUUUUUGUGUAUGGGUGGUCCCAGGGAUCGAACCCACUACCCUGGCGUUACAAGCACCGUGUUCUACCAGCUGAGCUACAGAGGACCAUGAUGAGCUUGGUGUUGAAGGCUGAGCUAUAGUCAAUGAACAGCAUUCUUACAUAGGUAUUCCUGUUGUCCAGAUGGGAUAGGGCAGUGUGCAGUGCGAUGGCGAUUGCAUCGUCUGUGGAUCUAUUAGUGCGGUAAGCAAAUUUAAGUGGGUCUAGGGUGUCAGGUAAGGUAGAGGUGAUAUGAUCCUUAAUUAGCCUCUCAAAGCACUUCAUGAAGACAGAAGUGAGUGCUACAUCUCUGCUCUGAUGAGAGGGCAGCCAGUUUAUUUUUCAGUGUGGAGUCAUUUUGCAAAUGAGAAAAGGCAUCCACUCAUGUAGAAUUAGAAAUAUAGCCUACAUAAAAUGAAGCACCCCAGUUUGUAACCUCAAAAUGCUGGCAGAAUCAUUACAGACAAUACUGAAGGUCUCCAUAAACAGCAGUGAGUUGCAUUUCAUUGUUAUGUGUUAAUUGUGUCUUGUGUGACCUUGCCUUGCUCCUGUAGGUGGUGUUUUCAUGGCUACAUUGUUAAUUUGUGUCACCCUCUCCAUGGCCCAUGGGAAGAGGGGCAGCAGAGGGACACAGUACCUUUUGAUGAAGUGUUGGGGGAGGGGAGGGGUGGGUGGCUAUGAGGGAAAAGAAGAGGAGGGUGGCGUGGUCGGCUAUGGGGGAGAGGAGAGAGUUGGGGGCAGUGGCGGCUCUGAAAGCUUGUCCUCCCAAGACCACGUGUCUCUCUAGGUGGUGUGUUGUGUACCCCACUCCCCUCCCUCCUGGAGGGAGACCCCGUUCAGGCUUAGUGCUGCACUGGCUGGCUGGGCUACUCUGACAGAAUACACCAUGUUGACCAGACUAAAGGAGGAAGGGAUCCCUGCAGUCAGCCCAACUCCUAGUAAACUCUGCUCUGCUCUGCUCUACAGUACUGUAACCUAGUCAUGCCACACAGACGUACAGACUGGGGACAGAGCCAAGUGUUACUGUAGCAGCAUCUCAUCCAAACCUUAUCCUCCCUCUCUGUCUCUAAACAGGGAAUUAUCAUUGCGAGGUACACAUAUAUUACAGUUACUGUGAGUUCAUGUGGAUGUGUACAGAAUUCAUGGAGAAUAAAAUAGAUGAAAAUGUCCCAGUCACCAGGUAAUGCUCAAGGCUGGGCCAUUAGGAUGCUACGGCAGAGGAAGAUGGUUUGCUGUUUUUCUAUUCUGACCAUGCUCUGUUUCUUUCUCUCUUUCAGUUCAGCGGAUGAGAAGUUUCGCUGGAAUAACCAAGGUAUGUACAUUUGACAUCCAAUGCAUCUGGUUUUGUGUUAUGUGACAGAGCAUGUGACAACCUCAGUUGAAUUGUGUACAUUGUAAGGAUAGGUGUAUCUUGAGAGUAGAGUGGAGUGGACCAUGCCUAGCUCCUAGGUCCGGACAGCUGUCAUCAUUUGUCAGAUAGACACAGCUCUGUUGCUGUUCUGUCUUGUCAGUCCGGUGUGAAAUUUGCACAUCUACUUGAGACUAUAUUGAUGGGCUUAAAGCAAAGUAUGAACAACAGAACACACCCUUGUCUUCUAAAGUAUCAAACACAGGUAGUCUAGGAUUUGAUCAUUGAAGCGGCGGCAGGUAGCGUACUGGUUAAGAGCGUUGUGCCAGUUACUGAAAGGUUGCUGGUUCUAAUCCCCGAGCUGACUAGGUGAAAAAUCUGUUGAUGUGCCGUUGAGCAAGGCACUUAACCCUAAUUGCUCCUGUAAGUCGCUCUGGAUAAGAGUGUCUGCUAAAUGACUAAAAUGUCAAAGAUUUAUGACUGCAAGUCAUGUUCAGGAUUCUGCUUCUCCUAAGUCAUCGACUCUGGGAAAGUUCCACUGAUGGAUGAGUUGAAAAAUGUUUUUGAUGAGUUUAGAAAAAUGUUGCACAAACAGAAUUAUCCCUGAGUUAAAACACCAGUAAUCAUCAUUAUGACUCUAAUAGGGUAGAGGACUAAGUGUCUGCUGCCAGUAGCCUCAGCCUUAGAUGAGAGAUUAAUCCUGAUCUUAAACCUCUUGUGUAAGGCCUUAUCCCUUGCCACUGUUUGCCAUACUGAUGACACUAGACAGAGGACAAGUAUGUCAGUUACUGUAGGUAAGAACAAACAGAUAGACAAGGAGAAGGUACGGCACGGCAGAGACAGAUUUCAGUGUAUAGUGAAGUUACAGAGCUUUUGCCUUAUCUAGCAUGGUCACUACCACUUGGCCAUCAGAGUGUGUCUGUAGUAAACUCUAGCCUUUUGUAAACUUGGGAGUAUUUUUAAGGUAACUGAACACUAAUCCUGCUUCUCUAUUCAUUGCUGUGUCUCCACAGACGGACAGAAGGACAUUGAGGAAGAACUGACGACCGGCUUGGAGCUGGUGGACUCCUGCAUUAGGUCACUCCAGGAAUCUGGGAUCCUUGACUCCCAGGAAUUCUCCACAGGCGACAGUAAGGACGCUCCUUACCUUGUGCAGUGCAAAUUAUUUUUUGAACUGCUUUUAGAUAUAUUGUUUAGUACCUUUUUAAAAAGCGUUGUAAAAUUAUUUGAUUUCAAAGUUUAAUUACAUUGUAUCCUUACUAUAGAUAACAUAUUUUCGAAUUCACAAAUUCACUAGAAAUAGACAAAUAGCUUGACGUGCAAAAUGAAAGCUAAGUUCACUGCAACACUUUUUCAACUUAGACAUUUUUAGAACUGAUUAUGCUUAUCAAUAUUCAAAAUAAAUGUCAAGAAAAAUGUCAAGAAUGAUCUGUACAAAAUCAACCAGAUACAGAAAUGCUAGGUGAUAGGUCUCUCUUUUGUAGAGCCCUGAGUGAUGUCAAUGACUGAAUGUUUCAAUCAGGAACUAGAUACCGCAGGUGUUUGAGUCUCUUAUCACCUCUGCGUUCUGUAUUCAAAACAGUUGUUUUCCUUUUUCUACCAGUCCCAAAUGCCCUCACUUCAUUUGAUCCAAGCGAUGAUCUUCAUCUUUCUACUAAGAGUCACUGAGAGAGGGUUAUCUUUCAGGGUAGAUUCAGCAUAUGUCAAGGGUUUGAUAUGGAAAUGAUGUCUCGCCGAGGUGUCAGCGGCUUCCUUUGAGCAUAACAGAGAACACGUGUACGAGGAAUACAGUUUCAAAUCAGCCACUACAAAAGCAAUCGCGUUCAUAUUCAAUCUGCUGAAAAGAGCAGCGAGUUUUGGGGCUAGAAAGGUAGACCAUUUUCAGAUAGUACUAGUAGGCUUUAUGCCCAGUGUGUGUGUAUGUUUGUGUGUGUGUGUGUGUGAUGCGCACUUGUGUGUGUGUGUUUUGCGCACGUCUGUGUGUGUACGUACGUGCGUGUGCAUGCGCGCAUCUCAUAGACUAUGUUUGCACACCCAUCUUACUCCCCUCUCGAGCAGUGAAGCUAAAAAUUGCGUCUUGAUGAAAUAUUGAAAUGUGUUUAUACAGAAUGCAGGUCAUAGACUAGAUGAAUAAAGGAGCCCCACCCUGAGCGAUCACCAUGCCAGGGAUAUUCCUCUGGUCUGCUGGACUACUUGGCUUUACCACACACACCACAAAUGGACUCUUCUAAGAAAGCUCCUGUAAUAUUCACUUUCCUGCCUGAAAUCCUCUCUCAAAGACUCACUACCAUUGACAUGAUUAUGUAUUUAAGAAAUACUCAACGACUUAAAUGCUCCAAUGCACGUAUGUAACAGCCUGAAGUGGUUGCAGAAACAUUUCUGUGGUCAUUUUCAUACAGCCGCUAUUAGAUGAAUGUCACUUGUUAAACAAUAGAGUCACUUAUGACAACAUGUUCAGUGCUAGUGACAGAGAGAAAGUCUGUGUGUAUUUGCGUGCGCAUGUGUGUGUGCCAGAGGCAGUUAUUGGGCACAAAUUGCCAGUGACUCCACGCGAAUGUCAAAAUGAGGUCGGUGUUGCCAGAACAACAUGGAUGUGAGAGUAAAAGCAGAGGAAGGUGUGAAGGCAGUCAAGGGAGGAAGUCUUACAGAUUGAGAGCAGUGUAGAGCACUGAAACAGGUCACACUGAAACAUGUCACACUGAAACAGGUCACACGGAAACAGGUUCACAGCAUUUUACUUAGUGACACGCACUGCACUCACAGCUAUAUUGCAGAAAAUAGUAUACUACUAUACUGUAGUGUAGAGUAAAUUUGAUUUGUUUUUGUGUGUGCACUAAUUUUAUUACAACUCUUUUGCUCUGUGUCUUUUAUAUAAAAUACAAUAUACUGAAUCCUAUUGCUGAUGUAAUGAAAAUAUAGGCCUAUGGAAAUCAAAUGCUGACGUUAGUGUUACUAUUUGAAUUGAAGGCUAACCUUUAUUGUUGGCCUCAUUCUGCACCAUUUGUGCUCAGUGACUCCCAGUUCCUCCUGUCCCAUUAUGCAUGCUCUCACUCUCUCCAUUUCUGGGUCAGAGAGAGAGAGAGAGAGAGGAGAGAGAAGAGAGAGAGAGAGAGAGAGAGAGAGAGGAGAGAGAGAGAGAGAGUCCUAGAGAGAGCUAAGCGAGGAGAGAGAGAGUAGAGAGAGAGAGAGAGAUCAGCCUGAGCUACCAUGGAGGUCUCGUCUCUCUCUCGCUCUCUAGUAUGGCAUAUAGUCUUCUCUCUUCUCCCCUCGCUCCUCUUCUCUCAUCUCUCGCUCUCUCUCUCUCUCUCUCUCCCUCUCCUCUCCUCCCUCCCUCUUCUGGAGAAGUGCCUCCGAGAAUCACAUUCAACCCUCAGACGUCAUAUGAGAGAGAGACUGGGAGAGAGACUGGUAAAAGAGAGGGUGGGGGAUAUAGAGACAGAGGGUAAGAGGUUGUCUCAAUAUUUCAGCUCCACUAUUCUCUCUGCCCCAAACAGGACAAGGCCUGCUAUCCCAGAGUGCACUACAGCUCAACAAUCAGGAUGGAUCACUCUCUUACCCAGCCGGUUACCACAACAACCAGGCACUAGAGGCCCCGCCCCGCAGCGGCCAGGUGGGUGGGGCAGUCCACAGUUACAACCAGGUGGGUGAGACUUAGAGCCCUGGUCAAAAGUAGUGGACUAAGGAAUAGAGUGCCAUUUGGAACGGGCUCCUAGAUUGGCUCGGUCAGUGAUAAUUUAGCCUCUUUGCUGUAUAGUCUGGAUUUCAAGAUGGCAUGUGAUGUAGGUGUAAGAUCUAAGGUUCUUUCUGUGUCUCUCCAGGUGACGUCUAGCCGUGCCGCCCAGCUGGCUGCCAGUGUAGACUCCUCCCAGUCCAGAGACAGAGAGUCGUUUGCCCAGGGCCAUGGCAGCGCCUUCCACAUGCCUGACGCCCCGCCCACUCCUUCCAUGUACUACUCUUGCUCCACCCUGCCUGCCCAACGUGUGAGCUCCCCCCAAUCCAUCCAGGCCGUGGGCUCGCCCACCAAGCUUCAGCGCCUGGGCUCCGCCUCUGACAUGCCCAGCUACGCUACCCUGCAGCGGGUCUCCUCACCCAAGCAGUCCCCCAGCCGGCUGGCCAAGUCCUACAGCACCAGCUCCCCCAUAAACAUGGUGGUUGGGUCUGCUGGGCUGUCCUCCACGUCCCCACUGCACAUGGCCUCUUCAGGCAAUGCCUUGGGCUCGUCUCCACUCCAUCAAUUCAGCUCUACCGUGGGUAACUACGCUACCCUGUCCCCCACCAAGCGCAUGCAGCACUCCUCGGACCAGUACAAGAUCUCCCACGAGCUGUAUGCCAACGCCACCCUCGGGAGGCCUGGCAGCCUGGCAGGUGGGUUCACAGGCUCAGACAGAGAGAUAAUGUCUUUAUACACUACCGUUCAAAGGGUUGGGGUCACUUAGAAAUGUACUUGUUUUCGAAAGAAAAGCACAAAAAAAAUCCAUUAAAAUAACAUCAAAUUGAUCAGCAAUACAGUGUAGACAUUGUUAAUACAGUGUAGACAGUGUAGACAUUGUUAAUGUUGGGCUCCCGAGUGGCGCAGCGGUCCAAGGCACUGCAUCUCAGUGCUUGAGGCGUCACUACAGACCCCCUGGUUCGAUUCCAGGCUGUAUCACAACCGGCCGUGAUUGGGAGUCCCAUAGGACGGCGCACAAUUGGCCCAGCGUCGUCCGGGUUUGGUCGGUGUAGGCUGUCAUUGUAAAUAAGAAUAUGUUCUUAACUGACUUGCCUAGUUAAAUAAAAACAGCGCAAACUGGCUCUAACCAGAAUAGAAAGAGGAGUGGGAGGCCCCGGUGCACAACUGAGCAAGAGGACAAAUACAUUAGAGUGUCUAGUUUGAGAAACAGGCGCUUCACAGGUCCUCAACUGGCAGAUUCAAUAAAUAGACCCCGCAAAACACCAGUCUCAACGUCAACAGUAAAAAGGCGACUCCGGGAUGCUGACCUUCUAGGCAAAGUUGCAAAGAAAAAGCCAUAUCUCAGACUGGCCAAUAAAAAGAAAAGAUUAAACUGGGCAGUCUGAGAUAUGGCUUUUUCUUUGCAACUCUGCCUAGAAGGUCAGCAUCCCGGAGUCGCCUCUUUACUGUUGACGUUGAGACUGGUGUUUUGCGGGGUCUAUUUAUUGAAUCUGCCAGUUGAGGACCUGUGAGGCGCCUGUUUCUCAAACUAGACACUCUAAUGUAUUUGUCCUCUUGCUCAGUUGUGAUAUAUAUGUUUUCUCAAAUUACUCUAAAUGCUGUAGUUAAUGGACUUGAUAAUACUAGAUGUUAUUAACCAUGUUUGGAACACAGGAGGCUGCUGCGGGGAGGACGGCUCAUAAUAAUGGCUAAAAUGGAGUGAAUGGAAUGGUAUUAAACACAUGGAAACCAUGUGUUAUAUACCAUUCAAUUUAUUCUGUUCCAGCCAUUACUAUGAGCCUGUCCUCCCCAAUUAAGGUGCCGCUAGCCUCCUGUGGUUUGGAACCAUGUAAUGAUGUUUCCUGUGUUUUUGUUGUGGUGUUCAGGAUCCAGGGGCUCCUAUAGCAGCCAGCACAGUCACCUGGGCUCAGAGCUGCGACCUCUCCAGUCUCCUGAGCACCACAUUGACCCCAUCUACGAGGACAGGGUCUACCAGAAGCCUUCUCUUAGGAGUCUCAAUCAGAACCAGGGUGAGUCAGACGGUCCAGAGCCCCUGCCCUGCUGCACUGGGCAUCCCCUUAUAUUUUACUAGGCUUUUGUCGGACUCACCCACUUCUUUUGACCAACUAAAUGUUAAUAUUCCACUGUUGGUUUGAGAGGGUUAUCAUUCAAUGAGCGGUUCAAGAGCCAAAUGCAUUCUCAGUAGAUACUUAUAUUUUAUUGGUUCUUUGAAGUUCUGUGUCAGCACUUGAUUAAUCCUUGAUAGGGAGAAUUUACUCAAAGCAACAAUACAUUGUAUAACAUCAGAAUUAGAUGGGAAUUAAGCAAACACAACAAACCCAAAAGGUAAGGAAGCAGGUAUUUCAACAUUUAGCUUAUCAUUCAGGUGGAACUUAGGUGGGCCUUUAAAUGGUGGUUUUCCUGCAAAUAACGCUAAUGAUCAAAAACAACAUUUGCAUUUUUAUCACGCCAUCAGAUCGUUUAUCUAAAUUUUUCAGUUCAGUUAUGCAAAUCCGAUUAGUAUCUUGAUAGCAAUCACAAUCACAUAUCAUUAGAUAAUUAGAUAUUAGACAGGAAUAAAUCUAAAUUAUUCUCGCAGAAUUUAAACUCAAGCAUUGAAAACUGAGUCUGAGGCAGACACCAUGAUCAAAUGCUUUCCACAGUAUUUAGCCUAAUAGUUUAUUUAAUGAGCAUGUGUAUCCCCUCCACAGAAAUUCCGCCUCACGUCACUGCAUAUGAUGAAAUCCUACUAUACGAUCUGAAAAGCUUUAUAGUUUCCUAAAGGCUAGGGAAUUGGAAUUACAAUCUUGCUUCCUGUUUGUAAAGACUGCAGGCUACUAAAUUAUGAAAGACCUGAGGGAAUACUGUGUUUCUUACUGGUGUUUCAUUGAGCAUGGGUUGAGAUGGUACAGAUUGUGGAUGAAGGCUGUUGGCUCAUAUCCUCACAGCCUUCUGUACAGUACUGUAUCCUUCUGCUGAUGCUCGACCUAAUCUUUCACCCCCUUCGGGCAACCGUCUGGGCAAAAUGUUGCAUCUACUGGUUUAAUGUUGUUUUUUGCUCAUUUGGUUGUCCAAAAACGUUGCAUCAACAUCAAAUACAUAACUAACACAAUUUUGUAAAAAAUACAUUUCACAGUGAACUGCUGGCCAAAGCCUUUUCAAUAUUCUGAGAGAGAUCAAUCUGUUGUGUCCUAUUAGAGUGAAUAAUCAUCUAUCUACAGAAUGCCCACUUCUUGUCAUGGCCAUUUUGUCAAUUCUGGGUUAAUUUGACAGGCACUAACUUUAAUUUGACACAGUGACAUUUGGUGCAUUCAUUCGUCAUAAUUCAUAUAAGAUAACUGUCCUGAAAGUUUGCUUUUUUUUCCGGACACUUUUAUUUUUCUGGUUUUCUGUCUAUAUUAUAGUUUCUUAGUAGAUGCUGCUGGGAAGUAUUGAAAUUAAUUCAAUUAAAUGAUCAUUUUUGACUUUGCUUUCGCCCUCUUGUUCUGUUUCUCUUCUCACUGUGUGGUCUUACUCAUUCCUCUGCCUAGACCCAGUAAACCAGUUUUGUGAACAGGUCCUGAACUUUCUGCUCUGUCCCUACUUCCCUCCUGCCAUAGCCCCAUCUUCCCCCGGUGUUGACUCCAUCCCCUUGCAGCGUACAGGCAGCCAGAAUGCCUCAGGCACUUUGCCGUACCAGAGAAGCAGCUUUGCCACUGCCUCGGCUGCGGACUACGCCAACCCGUACCGCACUCUCCAGUUCUGCCCGUCUACCGAGUCUCCCUACAGCAAGUCUGGCCCUGCCCUGCCACCAGAGGCCGCACUGGCCCGCUCACCAUCUGUCGACAGUAUACAGAAGGAUCCCAGGUAAGUGCCGCUAUAGCACUGCUAUUUAAAACACACCUCUCUUCUCCUUCAGCACACGUCCACAUCACAUCACUGCCUCCCAAUAUCUCCGCUGUUUGAUUUGAAGUCCUGUCAGUACCACUAUGCCUUGAAUGACACCACCACUGUUAUUUGGAGGGCACAUGAAGCUUGUGUUAAACCUUACCUUCUCCCUUCACCUUGUGUCGUUGAAAUGUUUGUGUUUGUGUGUGUGUGUGUGUGUGUGUGUGUGUAUGUUUGUUUGUGUGUGUGUGUGUGUGUGUGUGUGUUUGUGUCAUAAAAUGUGUCACUGGGAGUGGCUUUGAUUCAUAAGCUGUAUGGCUGUAUUGCUGUACUAUCAGAGUUGCUUUUGUUUGGGUCUGA